ACUAGAGUAUCAGAGUAAGUCUCUCGAGCUUUGUGCUAUACAUAAGUCCUCUCUUUCUCGGUUGUGAUUGCUAGUAAAAUGCUUGCUUGCUAAUGAGACAAGCUGGCACUUCCACCGCGUAACCACCGUAAACUCACGGCGCUGCUACUAAAAUGUACGUCCCAACUGAACAUGAAACAUCUCUUACAAAUACAAACACAACUCAUAACAAAUGCUCCACCAUAUAUAGAUCCUAACCUCAUCACCAUCAAACUAAUCGGUGUUUGCGCCACUCACUCCAAAGUUCGCUAUGCUGCACUCAUCUUCAACCAACUACCCAACGCCAAUGUUAUCGCUUGGAAUACAUUGCUCAAAGCCUACGCCCAAAAUAGUGAAUGGUUUCAAACUCUUCAUUGCUUUUGCAAGGAGCUGCAUUCUCCGGCGUUUCGUCAGCCAGAUGAAUAUACUUUCACUUCAGUUUUGAAGGCAUGUUCUGGCCUUGUUGCUGUUUUCGAUGGCCAGAAGGUGCAUGCUGUUGCUGCGAAGAUGGGACACCAGUCCAACCUUUGUGUUAGUAACUCUCUAGUUGAUAUGUACUUUAGAUUUGGGCUGCCUGUAACUGCUAAGUUGUUGUUCGACGAAAUGCUUGUGAGAGAUGUGGUUACUUGGAACACAAUGGUCAAUGGUUAUUCAUUGUGCGGAGACGUGGUCUCUGCCAGGUGUGUAUUUGAUCAAAUGGAUGAUAACAAUAUGAUCUCUUGGUCUGCCAUGAUUACAGGGUAUGCGCGGUCGGGAGACUUAGAUUCAGCUCGUUGCCUUUUUAAUGAAAUGCCUGAGAGGAAUGUGGUUGUUUGGAAUGCAAUUAUCGCUGGUUACACACAGAAUGAGAAGUAUUCUGAUGUGAUACAUCUGUUUCGCAAAAUGCAACAAGUUGGAAGUGUAAAACCGAAUGACAUAACUCUUGUAUGCGUUUUAUCAGCUUGUGCGCAGCUUGGUGCACUUGACUUGGGCAAGUGGAUCGAUUUAUUCAUUAAAAGGAACAGUGUUGAGUUGAAGCUCUUCUUAGGGAACGCGCUAGCUGAUAUGUUUAUCAAAUGUGGGUGUUUAGCUGAAGGUAUGCGGGUAUUCGAAACAAUGAAAGAAAGAGAUGUGAUCUCAUGGAGUAUAAUUGUUACUGGAUUGGCAAUGCAUGGGUAUGCAGAAGAAGCAUUUUCUUACUUUUUUGAAAUGCUUAAGACUGGAGUCAAUCCAAACGAGGUUACUUUCAUGGGAUUAUUAUCGGCUUGCACACAUGCAGGGUUGGUCGAGAGGGGACUUGAGUAUUUCAAGCUGAUGGAAUCAGAGUAUGGAAUUACUCCUCAAAUCGAGCAUUACGGGUGCAUGGUGGAUCUACUUAGCCGUGCUGGCCGACUAAAUGAAGCAGAAGAUUUGAUCAAUUCAAUGCCAAUCAAACCGAAUGCUAUAGUUUGGGGUGCAUUGCUCGGGGGUUGUCGGAUCUACAAAGAUUUUGAGAGAGGAGAGAUGGUUGUUCAACGUAUCCUUGAGCUAGAUUCUGAACACUCCGGAAGUUAUGUUUAUCUGGCCAAUAUAUAUGCUUCCAUGGGUCGGCUUGAUGACUCUGCAAAUUCAAUGUUGAAGAUGAGAAAGAAUGGAGUGCUGAAAGUUCCUGGUUGCAGUUGGAUUGAGGUAGAUAACAGGGUUCAUGAGUUCUUCAUGGGAGACAGAUGGCACCCUCAAACCGACAAGAUCUAUUCUAAGAUUCGCGAGUUAGGUCCAAGGAUGAAGAUUGCUGGGUAUAAACCGAACACGGAUCUCGUGCUUCAGAGUGUAGAUGAGGAAGAGAAGGAAAAUGCACUGUCCACUCACAGUGAGAAGUUAGCAAUUGCAUUUGGACUCAUCAACACUAGCGAAGGAACCACAAUACGAAUUGUGAAGAAUCUGCGAGUUUGUAGUGACUGUCAUGAAGCAGCCAAGAUCAUCUCUAAAGUUGUUAAGAGGGAGAUUAUAGCGAGGGAUCGUAGCCGUUUUCAUAUAUUUCGAGAAGGGAGUUGUUCCUGUAACGACUGCUGGUAACAAUAGCAUACCUUAGCUUUUAUGUGUUUGGAAAUACAAAUUUGUGUAUGUUCAGGAAAUUAUAGCCACUGCACAGAUCUUGCAGCUAUGUAUUGCACGUUUAUAUGCCCUCCUCUGGGGCUGUAUUGUCAGGGAACUCAAUUGAGUGAAAUCGAAGUGAAAUCCAAAACAAAAAUAGAAUGCUUUAUUAUUGA